CAGAGGCAGCACACAUCUUCCAUUGUCCAGCACUUUCCAGAUGGAACCUUAAACUACUUAGAGGAAUGAUGACUACACAUACUCUACAAGAACAAGUUUACUACAGCAUUAAUGGAAAUUCCCAAACCAAUUCCUGCCAGCAUUGGCAGUCACUUUUAACCAUUUUCACCUACAGCCCUUUUAAGUGCAUCACUUGCAUUCUCUCCACGCAGCAGCAGAUUUUCCUCAUUUCAGCCACAUGCUCAGCAUUGACAGUUUUCUUCCCCUCCAUUUGCCCUGAAGAACAGAGACAGAACCAUCACAGCAGCACUGAAAACAAAGGACAGUGGUUCACCAUUUCCAGUCCUACAAUAGCCCACAAGCAAAUCAGAGGAGCUGCUGGCUAUAGACGUUUUGGAUAGAUACAGACCACCAGCUGGAUUCCACCACAUCCUUGAAAGGUGGAGGAUUUUCAUCAGGUCCACCUUGAAAAACAUCAACCUAUUCCAGAAUGUACACAGAAAGAAAACAUUGUGAGAUUCCCUCAUUCCUUUCAUUCAUGGAAAAAUACCUCAGUCUGCAUUAACCAAAUACUUUGAACAGCCUACUGCAAAGAGAAGCGCGCCAACCUCUCCAACACCUCCAAGACAAUAGAUAAAUAAACAAAAGCAUAGAAAAAUAAACUUAACCAACCAAAAAAAGGCAGAUUCUACCAAGCCAUGGAACUUGUUUUGCAAACUGUGGUCUGCAGCCAUGGUGUACAAACAACAAACGCACAGAAUUUACAGCUAUGAGGUAUACCAGAGCACUCAGCAACAUAAUUACUACACCAAAGCACAAAGAAAAGGAUACUCACCCAUAUCCCAGGCUUACUGGUAAAACUCCAUCAGAGCACAAUGCCAGAAAAAAUCCUUCCCCACUGGUACUCAGCUCUUAAAUAGGUCUAGGAGAGGUGCAGCCAGGCUCCACCCCUUCCGGCAGCACAGAAUUGCCUUCACCUGUGCUCCCAUGGCUGACUCAUUGCUCACCUCAGGCGAUCAAUCAGAGGUUCAGGCCGUGACUCAGCAGUUCCCAUACACAUUGUGUGCUGAGAGAAAUAUUUCCAUCAAUUUUCUGCUUCUUUGGAAUAGAAUUCUAAUUGGUUGAUAGCACGAGUACUUCUGACAAACAUAUUUUAUAUGAAUAUAAACUGCGAUUUUGUCUCUGCUCACCUCUUUCUACAUGUCUAGAAAGUGCACAGACAAACACACAAAAGUAGAUCCUGUCCCAACCCAUCCCACUGUGACAAAUGCAGGAACUUAUCAGAGGAAGGAGAACACACAGAAGUGCAAAGAAUCAAACUCAAACCCAGUAACAGCAUAUAGCCGUUAGUGAUCUCCUAAAUUUUUGAAACACUUAAGUUAUUUCUUGAUCCCUCCAUGAUUCCAUGAAUUUUCAAAAUGGAGAACAGCUUAAUAUGACUACUAUCAGACUGGGAGCCAUGCAAUAAAGUUUCCAACAGAAGAAACCUUUGUGUCAGAAAAGACAGUUAUAAAAAGAACAUGAACAUGAACAGUGAGCAAAAAAGCCUUAGGUUGUGCACUGAAAUGCUUUCAUCGAGGCCAAGAUCCAGCCAAGUAUUGUGAAACGUAGGAGCUUCAACUGAGACUCCAAAUUGAAGAAAAAUAAAGUUUGCUUACAGACUUGGAACCACAUCAUCACCUGCGACUGCCCUGCGUUCUUGCAUAGCAGGCCAUAAUCAGGCAAGGCACACUCACAACCUAUUCCCUGGUGAUCAGUUAAUUCCACGGCACUUUGACAAGUUGCCCCAGUGGCUACACAGUAUCUCACUAAUGAAAAUCUAUUAGUAACUCUAGUUCUCCAUUCUGGUCAAAACUGGUCCCCUUUUGCUAUCCUGCUCAAACUAAAUAGCAGCCCUAUGCUGCUUCUGCAGUAGCUGGCUUUGCAACAGACCAGACCAGCACACACUUAAGAUCAAAUAGAAAAUAUUAAAUGCAUCAAUGAAGGAAUGCUGCCAACAUCAGGGAAAGCUUCACUAAGCAGCGAUCAUGCAUGUGGGUAGCAUAGAAUCAUAGAAUCAUUGACAAGGGAAAAGGCCUCUAAGAUCAUCCAGUCCGAGAGACAGAGGGAAGCGUGAACUUUUAUUGAAUGAUAAACCUUCAUGGUGUAUGAGCCUGGGGCUGCCUGCCAUGGCCAGAGCCACCCAAUGGACCUGUGGGAAGACACAGCCCAGGUGCCACUGACUGGUGUGAAACACUGACACUGAGCACACGAGAUGUGGGGGAGAAUGGAGCGGGCAGCGGCGCUGCGGAAAGCCCAGGAACGUGUGCUGGGGCUGCAGUGCUGCUGGCACGCGUGCGGCAGGUGAGGCCGGCGCACGGUGAUGAGCAUCAAUGGACGGCGACAUCGCUGUGGGACGGGUGGUGAUGUCAGCCAGUGAAGUUCGUAACACCUUCUGCUUGCUGCAGCACCAGCGAGGGGAGCAGCUUCCCGACCUCAGCUCUCCCCAGCCCACCGCACAGCCCGGGGCCAUGGACGUGGCAUCCGACUGGGUCUGCCCCAUCUGCGGGCAAAUUCGGGAGGAUGUCACCUACGUGACCCCCUGCCAACACCAGUUGUGCUACGGCUGUGCCAUCUGGUGGGCCUACAAGAAGCCGAGUUGUGCCGUAUGCGGGCACGAAAUUACAACCAUCCGGUACUCGGUGAGGUCGGAUGAUGACUUCCUCGAGUGUGCUGUCCCGCAGCCCGCAGCGCACUCAGACCAAGAUCAAGGCCUGCAGGAGGAGCAGGGGCCUGCAGAGCCGGUGCUCAUCCCACCUGAGCACAACUUUCCAGCCGAGGUCUGGGCUGCAUUUUUCAGGGAACAUCAGGGAGACCUCGAACCCCUGCUCCAAUGGCUGCAGGAGGAGAUCCAGCAGCAGUCCAGCGAUGACUGGUGGGAAGUCCAUGCAGGACAGUGGACCACCAUGAACUUCCUGUGCGAGCAUGGACUGGACGAGGAGGCCUUGCUGCAGGCGCUGCAGCCGAUCACCGAUGGCAACGUGGUGCCCUUCGUGAGAAGGCUCAUCGGCACUGCAGCAGCCCUGUACGGCCCCACGAUCCACCACGAGCUGGACCAUCAGGACAGCCACGCUGCUGGAGGAUGGGAGGACGGACCUGCAGCCAGCACCAUCAGCAGCACCUCCCAUCUGGAGCCUCCCGCCUCGGGCCCAGGCCGCUCCACCAGCCCCGCAGGGCCCAGCGCCGAGGAGCUGCCCGGCAGCUCUCCUGGGGGACCCGGGCGCCCCAGCACCGCCACCGCGCCCUCAGCGGAGGAGCCCCAGGAGGAGCCAGGGCAGGCGGCGGCAGCGGGCCCCUCUACCCAAGGCAGGGACCGCUCGCGUGGGGGGCCCCGGCGCCCCCCGAAGAGGAAGGCCAGCAGCAGCCGCCAGGACUCGUCCCCACCCCGCAAGAGGCGGCCCCGGCGGCGGCGCUAG